AUGUCUCAACAAAAGUACGACCAGCUGUUGCUAUCAUUCCUUUCUCCUUUCCUAAUGGGCACGCCGAAUGGAGCUCUUUCAAAUUUUACACCACAACUUCCUCCUCAACAUCUACAACAACAAGAAGAAGGCAUGAAUCUAUUCGCCUUACUAUAUCCCGUCAUUUCUUCUGUAUAUUUUAACACCAUCUCUAUGGGAUUGUGUGCGAGUGGUAUAUCAUUAGCAAUCACUUUGAUGAUUGAAAAGUGGGGUUCUAGGGUUGGAGGAGUGAUUGGAAGCAUUCCAACAGCGGUGGUGCCGUCGACCAUGGGUUUUGCUUUGAAUGCUUUUGUGAAAUUCAACGACCAGCCAAAUGAAAGGAAGCAUGUCAUGAUUCGUUCAUUCUAUUCCAUACCCAUUGGUACAUUAAUGACUGCUUUGUUUUUGUUGUCAUGGAAGGUAUUGCCCUCAUUCAUUGAUAAGUAUGUGAUGAAGAGAAUGUGUCGGGACACUCAAGAACAGAAUCAAGUUGAAGACCAUUCACAAUCCCCACCACAGGCUCUUGUGGUUGAACCUGUUCUCUAUACAUCCAAAGUUUUGGAGUUGGUACCAACUAACGAGUACUCGAACACUACGACGGGCAUGAAAUCGUUGUUGAAACGUUUACGACUUUCCAUCUCGAAAAACAGCAUACUGCGAAAAAUUGUCAUGGCAAGCUUGGUGUGUUUAAGUGGAGUUGGAAUUUGGUCUCUUUUGGCUGUGUCCUACAUGACCAGCAUCACCUUAGUGAAUUGGAAUGACACCAUUCACAUCAUGAUCAGCUGUGUGUGUUUCAUAUUGCAUGUAGGAUUAGCUCUUACAACGAGCUGGUCCUAUAAACCAUACACAUCAUCGACACUCUCUUCUUCCAUCGAAGAAGCACCACAAGAAGAAAUGAUACCAUCACAAAAGUCUUCGUCAAGAAGAAAGAGAAUUACCAUUCUUGCGCUGAGAGUUGCUUUGCCAUUUUGUCUUGUCUCUUUCAGCGUAUUACUGAAUGCCAUGAAGUUGACCUUGUUAGCUGGUCUUGCCGCUUCAUUUCCCACGCUGUAUAUGACCACUUUGUUUACGCUUUGGAUUGGUCACCAGGAUGAACGAUUGGCUGUGGAAUCUGUUGGACCAAUGGUAUUAGGAUCAGCCUCUGUAAGCUUGUAUGCUAUUGCCGCUUGCCCCAUGAUGCUAUCGAAAUCGUUAGUGGCAGGAUCUGUACUCGCAUAUUCAGUUGCAGUGGGUGUCAUCAACGUUCCUGCAUUCUUCUAUUUGAAUUGGAGAAAGAAUGUUCAUGACGAGAAAAUAGAACGAGAAAAAGAAAUACAAGCAUCACUGUCUAGGAAUACCUUAAUAUUCGAAGAAGCACCUCAUUUGGAUACAAAUCUAUCCAAUACAUCCUCUCCAAGUCAAAUCGAAAGUGAGUACACUCAUGAAGACAGGGAAUACUUGUCAUCAGUAAUACUACCAACUUGCACAAACUUGAAAUCUGUCGAAAGUAUGGGUAGCUUGUGUGAUACUGCAUCAGAGAUUCGUAGAAGCACUAGUUCUGAAAGUUUAGUUUCAUCAUUAUCACAAGAAAGUUCGUAG